GUCUGCAACAUUUUUGACGCGGGAAAUGUGUCAGAUUGUUAAAAAUGAUUUUUAUUUUGCAAUGUUAAUACGAUCUCAUCAUUAGUUUGUCGCUCUUGUUCAUCUUUGUUAUUUGUUAUACAAAAAAUUAUUAAAAAUGAAAUGUGUCGUGUCUGGAAUAAAUAUAAAAAUUUUGGCGAGAGCCAUUCAAAUGCUCUCAAAAAUUGGAGAAGAAAUGUUUGUACAGCCUCAGGAAGACUGUUUGUCAUUUCGAACGGUUAAUAGUUCAAAUUCGGCAUUCGUAGACAUAACAUUUCAAGAAAAUUAUUUCUCGUAUUAUGCUUACGAAGAUCUCGAGGAAAGUGAUUCAUUAAAAUGUAAAAUUUUAAUCAGAAGUGCCUUAGCAGUUUUCAAAGGUAAUUUAGACAAACAAGUGGAAUCAUGCCACAUACAAUUAGAUCCAAAUUCGGAGCAGCUAACUUUUGUUUUAAAGUACAGAAAUAGUAUUAUUAAAACUCAUUUGUUGCCAAUAUUAGAUUGUGAAACUAUUAAGGCAAAUUACAAGAAAGAUGGUACAGCUAAUCAUUUACGUAUUCAGCCAAGAGUUAUGAACGAUGUAGUACAAAAUUUUCAACAAAGUUUACUGGAAAUUACAUUAGAAGUUCUUCAAGAAAAGGUUCUGAUAAGAAAUUACAUUGACGAAUCUUCUAAUGUUUCUAAUGAAACUCGCACACAGUGUAACUUUAGUGUAGGAGAAUUUGAUGAGUACAACAUUGAAUCAGAUACAAUUAUAACAUUUUGUUUGAAAGAGCUAAGAGCAAUAUUAUCUUUAGCUGAUAUUCUCUCUCAACCAAUUGAUAUCCACUUUGAACGUCCUGGAAGGCCAGUUGUAUUUGUUUGUAAAUCUGGAUCAAUGGAAUCUAAUUUGGUAUUGGCUACGCUUAAUCCUGACACCGAAUCAGCUUCACAAAGUACAACUUCCACACGCCAAAAUCCUGCUCCUAAAAAAGUAACUAAAAGAGCACCUAGAGGAAAGGGCAUUAAGUCAUUGGGGAAAAAAUCUUAUUCUAAUUCGGCACACAGUCGAGCAAUGGAAUCUGCGGAUAUGGAAUCGCCCGGCCGAAUAAGCGAUGUAUCUGACCUACCGACUCAAAACAACCGAAGAAAAUCGGUCACAGAUGUUUCAAAAGCCGAUCCUUUUACUCCAAGAUCGUCGAGGGAGAGUACAUCAGUUUUACGAUUAGAAUCUGCUGAACAUCCGGCGUCGAGUGAACGAACUAACUUGGCGUCUUCACUAAUGAAACGGAAAUCAAUCGAUCAGGAUGGGGACGAAUCAUCGAGAGACAUGGACAACGAUGAUUUGGUACAAAAUUCACCGCCAAGACCAAAAUCAAAGAAAGCAAAAUUAAUUUUUCAGAAAUGUUUUCAAAAAACGUUUGAUCCAAACAACUUACCCGGUCAUUCUAAUGUCGAAGUUGAGGAUUCUAGUGAAAGUUCUGAAAAUGACUGAGCUUUGAUUGACCUUAUUAAUUUAAUUGUGAUCAAAUGCUUCAAAGACUAAGAAUAAACAAUAGAUUACAGUUUGAUACUGUGCUCAAAUACUUACAACGAAAGUAGCUUUAAAUGUAAAUUUGCAUAGACUUAAAUAGAACUUUGAUAGUUAACUGUUGUUACAUUUUUGUCAAUAUGUUUAACAACAGAUUUAUUUUCUAUGUAAAUAUUUUUAUAAAAAAAAAGAAAUACAAAAUAAACCGAAUCAAUC